AUGCACAAAUUUGAAUUAUUCGGAGCAUGGGAAUGUAUCACUUAUUAUAUUUUUAAUGAUGUAAUAUGCCCUGAUUUUCCGAAUAGUGUGGACUUUUUAACUAAUUUCAAGAUGGAUCCAUUUCGACCUGGACCUCAAUUUGCCAUCCAAGCAGAAUGGGUAAAAAGUCGAAUGAAACAACUCGAAGACAUUUACUCUGAAGACAGAGUGAGUGUGGCAGUUUUAAAAUUAUUGGCUUUGCAAUUUCCACUCGACACAACUCUAGCAUGUAAGAUAUAUGAUUUUAUGAUGGCAUUCAACAAUGAACAGCAGAAAUUCAUCCAGCCACAUCUUGUAUUGAAUGUUCACCCUGCUGAGUAUCGAUUGGACAAGGACCAUGUUUGCGGUAAUUGUGGGCAGCCAGCUUCAAAAUUUUGUGUUGUUUGUAAAAUCGAAAGAUAUUGCUGUGCAAAAUGUCAAAGAGAACAUUUGCCAAAACACAAAAGCAUGUGUGACAGUUUAAAGCAAGUGAGGGAGAGAAAAAAAGAUGCCAGUUGCUUCGACCCUUUGGAAGAAAUGCAAGACAGACUUUUCAAAUAA